AUCUGUGUGUAGACACUCCCACUAGCUGCGGCGGUCAGAGUAGUUUCCUAAUCGACUGCGCAUGCGCAGUAUACCGUCAGAGGGGCGACACAAGAACGGAUAAAAACAGACACUUUACAUUAGAUUUUAGGAACUCUGUUGUUAUUUCCAACAACAUUUAUAACAGCAGGCUUCCCAACAUCGAGGAGACUGAAACACCAGGAAAAAUAAACCAGACUAAACCGAAAUUAGUACCACAGUUACGCAGUCAGACGCAAACUACUAACGACUCAAGAUCAGUCCAAUGGCAACGUCGUGUGUGACCAAGGUGGAGCUGACGGUUUCCUGUGAAAACCUGCUGGACAUGGAUGUGGUGUCCAAAUCCGACCCGCUGUGUGUCCUGCUCAUGAACACAUCAGGAAACCAGUGGUUUGAGGUCGAUCGCACUGAGAGGGUUAAGAACUGCUUAAGUCCAAAAUUUGCCAAGAAGUUUGUUGUCGAUUACUACUUUGAGGUUGUUCAGAAACUCAGAUUCUGCCUUUACGAUAUUGACAAUAAAACCAUCGAUUUGAGCGAUGACGACUUCCUGGGUGAGUUUGAGUGCUCGUUGGGACAGAUUGUUUCCAGUAGCAAGCUGACGAGACCUUUGGUGCUGAAGAACAAAAAACCUGCAGGAAAGGGAACGAUUACGGUGAAU